CCUUUUUGCCCUUUUCAACUCUUUUUGUGAGGGUCAAAACGAUGUUCCCACCAAUCCCUCCUUGAUUUUGAGUCUGCGUUCUUCAUUCCCCAUUUCCACAAAAUCAAUCCCUAAAAGCCCAAUGAAUCAAAAAGCAGUUUGAUCAAAUUCACAACAUAUAAAAGCUUUCCUUCUGUUUUUGUUUUGUUCAACUGUCAUCGAUGGUGUUCAAGUGCUCUCUGUUUCUUCUGAUCUUCUGCUUUCUGGGUUCUACUUUCGGAGUUCAUCAUGCUCGCACCCAUCUUCAGAAUCUAAAUCCAAAUGCUUCUUCACUUCUCACCGGAAUCGAAAUACCUAAUCAUUCAAGCUUUAAUGAAAUCUCGGAUUCUUCUUCUUCUUCUUCUUCUUCUUCAGAUUGCGGCUUCUCCUCGCCCGAGAAAACAGAAACAUUAGACGGAAGAGAAACAGGUAGGAAUGAAUUUGAAUCGGUCAAACUCCACCUGAAACACCGAUCACCAGGUCAAACUUCCAUGCCCGCUAAAGAAUCAUUAUUCCAUUCGGCCGCAGGUGAUGUCACCAGGAUCCAAACGCUUCACAAAAGGAGCCUAGAGAAGCAGAUUCGCAACACCGUUAUGAAUCCGAAGAAGCACGAUGAAAGUUCUGCCGUAAAGCUCAAGCCUGCGGUAGAGGAAGCGCCGGCGGUGAUGGAGAGUUACGCCGGAAAACUUAUGGGUACUCUGAAAUCAGGGGUAACACUCGGUUCUGGAGAGUAUUUCAUGGAUGUUUUUCUGGGUACGCCUCCUAAACACUACUCUCUUAUACUCGAUACUGGUAGCGAUUUGAAUUGGAUCCAAUGUACACCCUGCCACGAUUGCUUCGAACAAACAGGACCCCAUUACGAUCCCCAACAAUCAUCAUCUUACCGGAAUAUCAGUUGCCAUGAUCGCCGGUGCAGCCUUGUUUCAUCCCCAGAACUUUCCAGACCUUGCAAAGCUGAAGAUGAAUCUCAAUCAUGCCCUUAUUUUUACUGGUACGGCGACAGUUCCAACACCACCGGCGAUUUCGCCACAGAGACUUUCACAGUGAACUUGACCACCAAUGUCGAUGGGCAUAAACAACAGCACAAGGAGGUCCAGGUAAAUAAUGUCAUGUUCGGCUGCGGCCAUUGGAACCGAGGUCUAUUUCAUGGUGCUGCUGGAUUGCUAGGGCUAGGACGAGGCCCACUAUCCUUCGCCUCUCAACUCCAAUCUUUAUACGGCCAUUCCUUUUCCUAUUGUCUUGUUGAUCGAGACAGCAACUCCAGCGUCAGCAGCAAGUUGAUUUUCGGAGAAGACAAGGGUCUUUUGAAUCACCCGGAAUUAAAUUUCACUUCAUUGAUCGGCGGUAAAGAAGCUCCGGUCGACGUUUUCUACUACGUUCACAUCAAAUCCGUGAUCGUCGCCGGAGAAACCCUGGAUAUACCUGAACACACAUGGGAUUUAACGGCAGAUGGAUUUGGGGGAACCAUCAUCGAUUCCGGAACUACUCUUAGUUACUUUGCUGAUCCUGCUUACAACAUCAUCAAGAAAGCAUUCAUGGAGAAAGUUAAAGGCUACCCUUUGGUUAACGAUUUCCCAAUCCUUGAACCCUGUUAUAACGUUUCUGGGAUUGCGGAUUAUAAAAAAGAUUUGCCAUCUUUCGGGAUCUUGUUCGACGAUGGCGCAGUGUGGAAUUUCCCUGUUGACAAUUAUUUCAUCAAACUUGAACCCGAAGAGAUUGUGUGCUUGGCAGUUUUGGGGACACCACGAUCUUCUUUAUCGAUAAUUGGCAAUUAUCAGCAGCAGAACUUUCAUAUCAUGUAUGAUACGAAGAAAUCUAGGCUCGGAUUUGCUCCAACAAGGUGUGCAGAUGUUUAAAUUAAAAGGUGAAACAUUUGUCGAGAAGUUUGUAAACAAAAUAGCGAUGAAGGGUUUUUUUUUUUUUUUUUUUUUAAAUUCUUUUUUUCAUUUUUCCGGCUUAGAAGUUGAGAAUGGCCGGGGCAUAGAUUUUAAUCUUAACACUUGAUCGACGAUAAAAUUGUAUCAUGGACAAUAUAGUUAUAAACUUAAUACAGUCGCUAUUUUUUCAUUUGAUGGAUUCUUUUAGGUGUAUUUAUUGGUUGUGUUUGGAUGUGUUGCUAAAGUGAUUGCAACUUGAAGUCACGUUAAAUAA